AAUUGAACCAGAAGGAAGAAGAGAGAGAGAGAGAGAGAGAGAGAGAGAGAGAGAGAGCAAUGGCUCAGAGGUUUUUCCCGAUGUCUUGCUCCUCUUCAUCAGCUUUCUUCUCGUCGUCCUUCUUCACAUCAACUAUACAACGAAGACUUCUCUUGUCACUGAAUAACGGUCAAUGGCGGACAUGGCCUAUCAGAACCUUCGCAACUGAUAAACCCGAAAGAAUUCAGCUGCCGAAGAAGAAAAGAAGGUUAGAUGAGGUAUGUCUUGAACAAUAUCAACAAUACAGCCGAACCUUCAUCCAGUCAUGGAUUAUACAAGGCAAAGUUUUUGUGGACGGAAAAGUAGUAAGCAAAGCGGGUACACCUGUAUCUGAUAAAUCAGUUGUGGAGAUAAAGGCCGAAGUUCCAAAAUAUGUAUGUAGAGCAGGAUAUAAGUUAGAAGCUGCAAUUGAACAAUUGAGCAUUGAUGUUACUGGAAAAGUUGCACUUGAUUCAGGACUGUCCACAGGUGGAUUUACGGAUUGUUUGCUUCAGCAUGGAGCAGCGUUUGUUUAUGGUGUUGAUGUUGGCUAUGGGCAGGUGGCUGAUAAAAUCCGUCGAGACAAGCGCGUGUCUGUAAUUGAGAGAACAAAUUUGAGAUAUCUUUCUGAACUUCCACAACAAGUUGACUUGGUGACUCUAGACCUCUCAUUCAUUUCUAUACUUACGGUGAUGCCUGCUGUUGUCAAUUUGAUGAAGGCUGAAUCUAUAUUGGUGACAUUGGUUAAGCCUCAGUUUGAGGCUCGGAGAUCUCAGGUUGGCGGUGGCGGCAUUGUGAGAGAUCCUCAAGUACAUCAAGAAGUCCUUGAUAAAAUAAUAACUGGGGUACAAGAGUUUGGAUUCUGCAGCAAAGGGUGGAUAGAAUCUCCUCUAAAGGGUGCAGAGGGAAACACUGAAUUCUUGGUUUGCUUUCAGAGAACACCGAAAAGUUGACGUAAUCUUUUAUGUAUAUAGACUACAACACUACGACUUGAAUAUCUCACUUUCUUGUUCAUCGAGCAAUGAGAUGAAGGAAUGCCUUCAGAGCUCGCGAGGAAUAUUGAAUCCUUAAGUGAGGUUGCCAUGAAUUGUUCAUGUGCGAAAAUUCGAAGAACUGAUUAUUUCCUUGUUUGAGGGAGAUUUUGACUCUUUUUAAGUUGUAUAAUACAAAUCUAUGAGUAAGAACUGUAAGCCAGAAACCUUGGUAGCUGAGAUGUGAAGAUAUGACAAUGUAUAAACGGAACAGAUGUAUUAUUAUUGGCCUAGCGGGUUGAGUUUGAUA